CCUGAUGCCGGCCCGGGGCGCAAGCUCCCGAGGUCGCAGCGACCUCAGCACCCGCUUGGAGGAGGGCGGCGCGGGAACCCCGCUUCCUUCCCCUCAGCAGGAGCUAGACCUCAAACAACACCCCAAUCGAUGCACACAGAAAACCCCUCUGGGCCACGCUUCCCCGCCUCGCCGAGGUCUCCCCAGUGUGCCCCUCGCUGACGCUGGCGCGCAGCGGCCGUGGCAGCACCCGGGACAGCGGCCGCCCGCACUUCCCGCCUCUGGCUCGCCAGAGGACGCGCUGGCACACCUCCCACCCCCUCACUCUGACUCCAGCUGGCGUGCACGGUCUGCCUCGCAUCCUCACGACUCAGCUCCCUCCCUCUCCCGUGUUUUUUUCCUCCGCCGCCCCCUCAUUCAUCCCCACUGGACUCCCUUUCCCUCAAAUGCUCUGGGGCUCUCCGCGCUUUCCCGAGUCCGGGCUCCGAGGACCCUUAGGUAGUACCUGUCCCUUUUAAGGCUUCCCGGCUUCCAAAGCAUUGCCACGUCCCUAAACCCUGUCUCCAGCUCUCAUACACACACGCACACUCAGACACGCGCGUUUUCUGUUCCUGCGUGACACCCGCCCUCGCCGCUCGGCCCCGCCGGUGUUCGGGCUGUGCCCUCCUCCCGCCACACGGGCACGCACGCGCGCACAGGGCCAAGCCCAAGGCAGCUCGCCCGCAGCUCGCACUCGCAGGCGACCUGCUCCAGUCUCCAAAGCCGAUGGCAUCUCCGGGCUCUGGCUUUUGGUCCUUCGGGUCGGAAAAUGGCUCCGGGGAUUCCGACAAUCCCGGCACAGCGCGAGCCUGGUGCCAAGUGGCUCAGAAGUUCACGGGCGGCAUUGGAAACAAACUGUGCGCCCUGCUCUACGGAGACGCGGAGAAGCCGGCGGAGAGCGGCGGGAGCCAACCCCCACGGGUCGCCGCCCGGAAGGCCGCCUGCGCCUGCGACCAGAAGCCCUGCAGCUGCCCCAAAGCGGAUGUCAACUACGGGUUUCUCCAUGCAACAGACCUGCUGCCGGCGUGUGAUGGAGAAAGGCCCACUUUGGCGUUUCUGCAAGAUGUUAUGAACAUUUUACUUCAGUAUGUGGUGAAAAGUUUCGAUAGAUCAACCAAAGUGAUUGAUUUCCAUUAUCCUAAUGAGCUUCUCCAAGAAUAUAAUUGGGAAUUGGCAGACCAACCACAAAAUUUGGAGGAAAUUUUGAUGCAUUGCCAAACAACUCUAAAAUAUGCAAUUAAAACAGGGCAUCCUAGAUACUUCAAUCAACUUUCCACUGGAUUGGAUAUGGUUGGAUUAGCAGCAGACUGGCUGACAUCAACAGCAAAUACUAACAUGUUCACCUAUGAAAUUGCUCCAGUAUUUGUGCUUUUGGAAUAUGUCACACUAAAGAAAAUGAGAGAAAUCAUUGGCUGGCCAGGGGGCUCCGGCGAUGGGAUAUUUUCUCCCGGUGGCGCCAUAUCUAACAUGUAUGCCAUGAUGAUCGCGCGCUUUAAGAUGUUCCCGGAAGUCAAGGAGAAAGGAAUGGCUGCUGUUCCCAGGCUCAUUGCCUUCACGUCUGAGCAUAGUCAUUUUUCUCUCAAGAAGGGAGCUGCAGCCUUAGGGAUUGGAACAGACAGCGUGAUUCUGAUUAAAUGUGAUGAGAGAGGGAAAAUGAUCCCAUCUGAUCUUGAAAGAAGGAUUCUUGAAGCCAAACAGAAAGGAUUUGUUCCUUUCCUCGUGAGUGCCACAGCUGGAACCACCGUGUAUGGAGCAUUUGAUCCGCUCUUAGCUGUCGCUGACAUUUGCAAAAAGUAUAAGAUCUGGAUGCACGUGGAUGCAGCUUGGGGUGGAGGAUUACUGAUGUCCCGAAAACACAAGUGGAAACUGAGUGGUGUGGAGAGGGCCAACUCUGUGACGUGGAAUCCACACAAGAUGAUGGGAGUCCCUUUGCAGUGCUCUGCUCUCCUGGUUAGAGAAGAGGGAUUGAUGCAGAAUUGCAACCAAAUGCAUGCCUCCUACCUCUUUCAGCAAGAUAAACAUUAUGACCUGUCCUAUGACACUGGAGAUAAGGCCUUACAGUGUGGACGCCACGUUGAUGUUUUCAAACUAUGGCUGAUGUGGAGGGCAAAGGGGACUACCGGGUUUGAAGCACAUGUUGAUAAAUGUUUGGAGUUGGCAGAGUAUUUAUACAACAUCAUAAAAAACCGAGAAGGAUAUGAGAUGGUGUUUGAUGGGAAGCCUCAGCACACAAAUGUCUGCUUCUGGUACAUUCCUCCGAGCUUGCGUACUCUGGAAGACAAUGAAGAGAGAAUGAGUCGCCUCUCAAAGGUGGCUCCAGUGAUUAAGGCCAGAAUGAUGGAGUAUGGAACAACAAUGGUCAGCUACCAACCCUUGGGAGACAAGGUCAAUUUCUUCCGCAUGGUCAUCUCAAACCCGGCAGCAACUCACCAAGACAUCGACUUCCUGAUUGAAGAAAUAGAACGUCUUGGACAAGAUUUAUAAUAACCUUGCUCACCAAGCUGUUCCACUUCUCUAGGUAGACAAUUAAGUUGUCACAAACUGUGUGAAUGUAUUUGUAGUUUGUUCCAAAGUAAAUCUAUUUCUAUAUUGUGGUGUCAAAGUAGAGUAGAGUUUAAAAAUUAAACAAAAAAAGACAUUGCUCCUUUUAAAAGUCCUUUCUUAAGUUUAGAAUACCUCUCUAAGAAUUAGUGACAAAAGGCUAUGUUCUAAUCAAUCAGGAAAAGCUUAAAAUUGUUAUAAAUACUUCCCUUAAUUUUAAUAUAGUGUGCAAAGCAAACUUUAUUUUCACUUCAGACUAGUAGGACUGAAUAGUGCCAAAUUGCCCCUGAAUCAUAAAAGGUUCUUUGGGGUGCAGUGAAAAGGAUAAAGUAAAUAUAAAAUGUAUGUUGACAAUAAAAACUCUUGCCUUUUUCAUAGUAUUAGAAAAAAAUUUCUAAUUUACCUAUAGCAACAUUUCAAAUGUAUUUAAAUACAUAUAAUUUUACAAAAGGAAAAUAUAUAUAUUAAAAAAGAUAUCCUAUUUUGUAACAUAUAGAUUUUUAUUUUAUAUGGGUUGUACAAACUGCAGGGGCAGAUAUAAAAACUAAGCCAGAUUUUUUUUCCUUUCUCUUAAUGGAGGCACAGUAAAACACUUAGCGAAGUUAUUUUGAAACACUGACCCACAAAAUUCUUAAAAGGUAUUAUUCCUUCUUUCUGUACAUGUUAUGGCUUAUCACAUCUCUAAAGUUAGUAUUUCAAGACAAACACAAAAGAAUACUGCAAGUUCUUUAAAAUAAUUGAUACCAUUGGCAAUAAGAUUCUCUUCCCCUUGAAGUUUUCCACCCUUUUUACUCUUAGUGGACUCACUCUGCAAGUGUGACAAGCCAAGCUUCAUCUCAGAUUAAAUUAGGGUAAUUGUCUCUAUUCUGCUUUCCAAUUCGGCCUGUUUUGAACAGAAGGUUGAUGCUCGUUCUUGAGGCAUCUUCCAAAUAGUAUUCUUUUAUUAGGUCAUUUGAAUUAAUUAGAGAAAAUAAAAAUAAAACCUAAUCAGCCUGAGCAAAGAGGAAUGAAGCACACUCCCAGAAUGUGGUGAGCCCAGAAAAUUAAAGUUGGCCUUGGGAGAAGAGAUCUCUGUGGGACAAUAAUGACAUCAUCCUGGCGCCAUAUUGCCACUGUCCAGGAAAGAGAAAUUUACCUUCAGGACAGCUGCGCAUUUCCAUCCCCUCCCCGUUCCUCCCCACAAAGUCUCUCCCACCAGACUGCCUACCACUGGGACCCAAAAUAAAUAAUUUAUAUUCCAUGGGUGAUUGUUUCUCAUCCAUGAAAUGAGCAGCCUCUCACCCUAGAUUUUGAGGCAUUAUCUUAAGAUUUUCCUUUAUCCAUCUCCCAUCAAGAUCCAAAGUGACCAGAAUAUGCAGAAAUAACAAGAUCCUUAGAAUUCAAAAUAGUAUUUUUAAAACAUCCUUCUUUCCCUGUGAACCUGAUAGAAAAACCUGAGCUAACAAAGGCUUCCAUAGAUAUUUAUGGGGUCACAUGUCGUCAGAUUCCAAGUGCUGAUAGGAGAACAGUAGAUUCAUAUGCAGACUGCAAAUGCAAAUUUAGGAACAUUCUCCAUUUCUGAAUGGACCAGGCAGUUCAAUACUCAGACUACAGGUAUACAAGGGAAGAGAGAAGACCCUGCCCUUCAACAGGUAGAAAUGCCCUACAAUAUAACAUAUAGAAAUGCCCUAUAAUAUAACCACAGGGUCUAGCCAUCUGAAAUUUUCAUAAGCUUCCCCCUACAUUAUUUCUCCUAGGUUAUAUGCAAAAACAGUGAUAACUUGAUAUGAACACAGCUUUAGGCCUUUUCUGUCUAGAAAGCAAAUGGGUUCACUAUGACAAUUAGAAGUAAACUCUUCUGUGCCACAGAAUUUCAUGAAGGAAUAACCUUCCAUUCUAGGCUUUGUCUAAUGGCCAAACAUCCCUUUGCUUUCUCAAAACUGCCUGGCCUGCUGAGAAUAAGCACAUAGCUGCCUGACUGUCUGGAGCCUCAGGCCCAAAGGUUCCACUUCAGAGACAGAGAUGCUAAUUGAUCCAACCUGCUGUCCUUCUUGGAGAAGACAGUGCGGCCCAAUGCCCUAGUGAACCAACCCUGCUCUACUCCAGGAUGCUUUAUCUUUUGGGUUACAGAUCCUAGAUUGUGAACUGCUGCUGCUGCUUUUUAGGUUAAUGAGAUAGUAAAAUUUUAAAGGACAAUUUGUGCCUAUGUAUGAAAUUCCAGCAAAACAAUUCUAGCAAAAACAAUAGCUCUUCUUCCCCACUCCCCUACCGCUUCCCAGUAUUCCUUCAAAUUGGCCGAGAGCCUUGCUCAGGCCUGUGCAGGGAAAUCCUUGCCAACUGUAGCCCAAAGAAGAAAGCAAAUAAAAGCCUAGUAGGUCCCAGUAGUUUAAUAAAUCAUCUUGAAAGGAGAUGUGUAAUCAGGUCAGAAGAGAGGGAAGGAGGAAGGGAGG